AUGGCCAUUCGCGAAGCAAAGUACAGCGACCUGCGGGAAAUGGCCGAGGCCGCCGCCGCCGCCUUCCAGGACGAAGAGCUCUUUGGCGAGCUGAUGCACCCUCGCCGAAAAGAGUACCCCCAAGACUUUGUCGCCUACUUCGAGAGGCGCUUUCUCCGCCACUGGAACGACCCCAACUGCCACCUCGUCGUGGGACUCGACAAGACGACGGGCAAGGUGGUUGGCUGCGCGCAAUGGGAGAGGCAAGGCGUCCAGCCCGCGUCGUGGAUAGGCUCAUUCAUGCAGAGCGCAUCCAGGGCGUACCUCCAAACCCUAGACUAUCUGUGGCCGAAUCGGGCGGCCGACCCCGACAAGAUCAACAUUCUCGACGAGACGUUCCCGCUGUUUGCCCAUCACUGGACCGAGCCCCGACGGCAAAACUGGUACCUCGAGUUCCUGUGCACGCAUCCCGGCUACCAGGGCCAGGGCCUGGGCAAGGCGCUCGUCCUUUGGGGGGUCAACAGGGCCAAGGAGGACAAGAUUUGCGCGUCCGUCAUCAGCGCCGCCGGCAAGGAGGCCUUUUACGGACGCUAUGGCUUCGUGGAAGUCGGGAGGGCCAAUGUCGGUCGCCUCGGCGCUUGUGGGAUUCGAGGUGGUGCCAUUCUGUUUUGCGAGGGACAUUUGUCGACGUGA